UCUCACUACCUUUGAUUGGGAAUUUCAUUUUGGAGAUACACUGACGUGGGAAUGUCUAUCCUUUAGAUGAGCAUUUCUGUACUGAGCCGAAGGUUUUAUUUUUGCGUCCUUCGCCGUAGUAGAGCAUCAGCAUUGGGAAAUAUGUCUCUUUCCAAAGGACACCACGAGUAACGGCUCCAACGGAAAUCUUGGGUUUAGUUCAAAUCCUGAGCGGAAUAGAGAACCUUUUCUCUCUAUUUAUGAGGCAUUGGAUUAUUUAGACAGGAAAAAGACAAUGGUGCGACAAACACGGGACACAAUGUGGAAUUGUUAAGCUCAAAGAACGUUUAGAACAGCAUCGGCAUUUGAAAAGGACACAGCAGAAUACAGUUUAUUUGGAGGGAACGUAACAGCAGGAGCUGCACUCUUUCACGCGCACCGAUUCCCUAUCAGAAACACCAAGAUGUAUAUCUAUAUUUACGGUGUUCUGCUCUUUUUAGAUGAGCUAGUGUUCUGUAUGUCGGGCUCUUCCACUCUGUCUGAGUCUGGGCACCAGGACUCAAUGGACUGUUUAAGGACCACUGAGAAGUGUAACCAGGACCAAAAAUGCAGCCAUCGCUUCAGGAUCAUGAGGCAGUGUCUGGCAGGAAAAGACAGGAACACCAUGCUGGCCAAUAGGGAUUGCCAGGUAGCUUUGGAAGUGUUGCAGGAAAUGUCUCUGUUUGACUGCCGCUGCAAGAGGGGCAUGAAGAAAGAAAUGCAGUGUCUGCAGAGUUACUGGAGCAUCAACAUAGGCCUUACUGAAGGUGAGGACUUUUACGAGCCAUCUCCCUAUGAACCCAUGAUGCCUCACCGUCACUCAGAUGCAUUUGGCUUGGCAUCAAUCAUCUCAGGCAUACAUUCUGGCACAGGUAAAGGCCAGCCUCACUGCUCAGAUUCCAGCCGUCCGUGUAACCCCUGCCUGGACGCCACCAAAGCCUGUAACCUGAAUGAAAACUGCAAGCGUCAGCGCUCCAGCUACAUCUCCACCUGCACCCGCGCACAGGCGCAGGGACAGCAACCCUUGCAGACUCCGCUUCAGUCACAGGAAAGCUGCAACAGAAAGCGCUGCCACAAGGCCUUGCGUCAGUUCUUUGAGCGUGUAGACACGCAGUACAGCUAUGGGCUGCUCUUCUGUUCCUGCAAGGACCAGGCCUGUGCUGAGAGAAGGAGACAGGUCAUUGUACCUAACUGCUCAUACCAGGACAAGAGUAAACCCAACUGCCUUCAGCUUCGCAACACCUGCCGCCUGGAUGUACACUGCAGGUCACGACUGGCUGACUUCCACACAAACUGUCAGAUGACCCCUCACUCAGUCAGCAGCUGUCUCAACGAUGACUAUCAGGCCUGCCUUGCAUCUUACACCAGACUCAUCGGUACAGACAUGACUCCUAACUACGUUGACUCAGGUCACUCAAACUUCACCAUCUCACCCUGGUGUACCUGCCGAGGCAGUGGGAAUCAGGAGGAGGAGUGUGAGAAAUUUCUACAGGACUUUAGAGAAAACACCUGCCUUCGAAAUGCUAUCCAGGCCUUUGGCUAUGGGUUGCUACCCAAGCCUGAUCCUCAGCCUACCACUGGCUCGGUGAAACCAGAUCUUGAGCUGAAUGCUAACACUCCCAAAUCAACCAUUGAACCUGGGGAGGAGCCCUGCAUCAUAUCUUCCUGUGCAAAUUUGAACGAACUUGGAGAGGAUUGCUAUGCUUCAAAGGACUACAUCUGUGAAAGUGAGGUUCCUGGCAGUCCACCCAACACAAGGGUAGAGGAUCUGAGAAAUUCAAGUCCUGACACAAAAGCCCUAACUGAAGUUUUGAUUGUCUACCUGAUGUUUGCUCUUGGAAACCUCACUAUAUAGUACUACCUGAGCUUCACAAGCCAGUACAGUGAGGACAAGGCUGAUGGAAACCCUUUCAUGAUCAUCUUUAGACCAAACUCACACCUCUCUCCUCUUUACUGCAGCUUUUAUUAUUUCAAAUAAACACCAGAGAGACAGCACAGUGACACAUAUAGAACAGACUGCUGCAUCGUUGCCCUGGCAGGAAUGAAUGAGCAAAUAAAUGGAUUUAGCUCUCUUUGUUUCUUGAUUCCAAAAUAAAGACCAGUUGGGUGCAUUGCUAGCUCUUAUUUUUAUUGCUGAUUGGUGAACCUACAACUAACGACCCAUGCACAGAGCUUUCCAGUCUACUGUACAGCUUCCUGCUGCCCACACUGCCCAUAAAAGGGUCUCUUGCAGCACCCAUCAGGCCUGAAUUACCCGUUGUCUGGCACUGGAUUACACCAUCUUUAAGACGCAUUCUCCACCCCACUGAUCAUUUAUUGGAUUUGCUUUGCUCUCUUUGACAGGUGCUUUAGCUUUCUCAUUGUGAUUAUUCUUUUUUGGUUCCUUCUUUUUUUCUUCCUUUGUCCAUCAGUCGAAUUGGAGUAAUUACUUUCCUGUGGUUCUUUUAAAACGUGAAGUGUUUGAAGUUUAAAUCUGUACCCUGUCGAGGUGGAUGUAUUGGGCAGCAGCUCUCUUAGUCACAUUCUGUACUUAGUUUGACAGAUUUGAGAAAGAACAGAAGAGAUUGUUGAAAGUUGAUGAAAAUCAGUGGAUCAAUCAGAGAAUUAAGUCUUUACGAAAAGAUUCUACAUGGUUUUAUGGUGUCGAUGGGCUACCCACACAUGUGUAAUUUUGUCUGUGAAUAUUAAUGUUUUUCUUUCCAAAAGUACAGCUGUUAAUUAUUAUGUAUUGUCUGUAAUUGAAAUCUUUCAUCAUCUUUCAAUGAUGAGGCUCAAAAGAAAUCUACAAUUCUAGAGACUGAAUAAGUUGAGAGGAUUAGAGGAAGUGACAAGAACGGCAUGGCUGAGAAAGAACUGGAUGUGCCCAAACUAAUCAUUAAUGGUCAUGGAAAGAUCUCACUGAUUGAAUAACUUAUAAACAAGAAAACAACUUUGGGACAUUCAUUGUUAGUUGAACCAUUGUGUGCAAUUUUUGAUGUGGCCUUACUCUUCAUUUUUCCUUUUCAUUAUUUUCUUGUCUCUUUGGCAAAAUGAUGAAUGGAGAAAGACAGAUCAUAUAACGGCUGAUGCCAAGUUUUGAUGUUUGCAAUGUUUCUAAAAAAAGUAUCUUAACCCUAAUUCACAGAUUCAGUAAAUGAGAUAUGACACUUUUGUCAACAUUCCAAAUACUAAAUUUAAGAACAAACAGACACCUCUCACUUUCUAUCUAUAAAUGUAAAAUUAAAACAGCAAAGAUUUUUAUAUAUUGUGUCAUAGGCUUGUUACAUAUUUACCAUUGCGGUAAAGCAAAAGAUAAAUAUGAAUAUACUUUGUGUAAAUAUGACACUAUUGGGAAAUUAAACACUGGGAAAUUCAUUAAAGAUAUGUUGUAUCAGUGACCAUCCAUUUGUGUAAUCAGAUUAAGCGUAGUUUAAACAUCAACUGGCAUUUUUUUUUUCCAUAACAAAAUUAUUCAAUACUGUAUAGUAAUAAAAGCUUGAUAAAUUGAGUACUCAUAUUACAUUAUAAAAUUCAGCUCUAUUUUGACACUGACCGAAAAGAGUGUAUACAAUUUCUUAAAUUAGAUGGUAACACUUUUCAGUAAGGUUCCAUUCAUUAUCAUUAGUUAAUG